AUGAUACAGAUAUCGGAAUUAUCUGACAGGGAUUUUGAAGAAUCUCUGCUUCUACCAUAUAUCUCAGCUCUCUUUGAGAAAUGUAUUUCUUCCCCACAACUUCCAGCCUUCUUAUGGGACAAGGGCACACUCACCACGGCCAUAUCUGAUCCUGCUUACCUAGUACAAGUUCUCUCCUUCAUUUCACUCCUGAUGACUCUACUCAUCCUGGUCUGGAAAGUAACCUAAGACAAAGGCAACAAGAACAGAGAACCAGACCGAAGAAAGGAGGCAACACCGCUGGCAUGA